CUUAAAUUUAAAAAAGUGACAAUUGCUUGAACACCAUUGUUGAUGGUACCCCACAGAAAUGUUGAAGGAAAUUUCUCUCAAAACGCAACUGAGUGUCUCCUAUUGCAGUGUAGAGCCUGUGGCUUGCUUUGAGGGAUCUGUAACUUUAACUCUGAAAAUGAGUAGUUUGAAAAAACAGUUGUUAUCUGUUGGGAAAGUGGGAAGUAUGAUUGGGAGAAAGAAAUAAAUGGCAAUGACGCCGGGCUUAAGGACGAAGAUGGUUACAGUGUUCCAUUGUAGCUUGAUGGAGGCACUUCCCAUUCUAUACCCAUGUACAUAUCUUCAACUGUUUCAGGCCUGCACUCCCAAGAUUGUUCUUUCGGAGGGUAAGCAAAUCCAUUCUCUUACCAAUGACAGGGGAUUUUCAUUUGCUUCGCACACUUUUUUCCAAAAUAAUGUUAUAAACAUGUAUGUGAAAUGCAGUAGUUUGGUAGAUGCUCGUAAAGUUUUUGAGGAGAUGUCAAAACGAGACAUCUUCUCAUGGAAUACGAUCAUUACUGCUUACCGAAGACAUGGAUGCCCUCAAGAGGCAUUGGCAUUGUUUAAUGAAAUGCAACGAACUGGUGUCCAACCUGAUCACUUCACCUUUGCUACUAUCCUCCAAGCGUGCGCCAAACUAGGAGCUUUGGAAAAGGGUAUGAUAAUCCAUCAAAGUAUAAUGGAAACCGAGUUUUCGUCAGAUACUGUGGUAAUUAAUGCCCUCAUAGACAUGUAUGCAAAAUGUGGAAGCAUACACAAGGCACGCGAACUGUUUGACAAGAUUCCUCAAAGAAAUGUUGUCUUGUGGACUGCGAUGUUUGUAGGAUAUGCACAAAAUGGUGCUCUUGAUGAGGCGUCAAAACUUUUUAAAGAAAUGCCUCAACGAGAUGUGGUUUCAUGGUCUGCAAUGAUUGCAGGAUGUGCACAAAAAGGCCUGGUUAAGAAGGCUUUGGAAACUUUUAAUCAAAUGCAAUUGGCAGGUGUAAAACCAAAUACUACAAUCUUUGCCAGUGUCGUCUCGGCCUGUGCCAAAGUGGGAGCAUUGGAACAGGGCAUGGAGUUUCAUCGAGGAAUUAUUGAAAGCGGAUUUUUAUCGGUUGUCUUAGUUGCAAAUGCCCUGAUAGACAUGUAUGCAAAAUGUGGAAUCAUACAGAAGGCCCGGAUUCUAUUUGACAAAAUGCAUAAAAAAGAUGUGAUCUCAUGGAAUGCGAUGAUUGCAGGAUAUGCACAAAAUGGUGUUCUUGAUGAGGCUUCAAGGCUUUUUGUAGAAAUGCCUCAACGAGAUGUCGUCUCAUGGUCUGCGAUGAUUGCAGGAUAUGCACAAAAUGGGCUUGCUGAAAAAGCCUUGGAGACUUUUAAGCAAAUGCAAUUGGCAAUUGUAAAGCCAAACUCCACAACCUUCGCUAGCAUCCUCACGGCCUGUGCCAAAAUGGGAGCUUUGGAACAAGGUAUUGAGAUCCAUCAAAGUAUAACCGCGAGUGGACUUCUGUCAGAUGUUGUAGUUACAAGUACCCUUAUAGACAUGUAUGCUAAAUGUGGAAGCAUGGAUAAGGCACAGGAACUGUUUGAUAAGAUGGCUCAAAGAAAUGUGGUCUCCUGGACUACGAUGUUCACAGGAUAUGCACAAAAUGGGCUUGUUGAAAAAGCCUUGAAAACUUUCAAGGAAAUGCAAUUGGCAGGUGUAAAGCCAGACCCCACAGCUUUUGCCAGCGUCCUCCCAGCCUGUGCCAAAAUAGGAGCUCUGGAACAGGGUAUGGAGUUCCAUCAAAGAAUAAUUGAAAGUGGAUUUAUGUCUAAUGUCUCAGUUGUUGAUGCCCUGAUAGACAUGUAUGCAAAAUGUGGAAGCAUACAGAAAGCACGCGAACUGUUUGAUAAAAUGUCUGAACGAGAAGUGGUGUCAUGGAAUGCAAUGAUUGCAGGAUAUGCAAUGCAUGGAUAUGGCAAGGAUGCUCUCAAACUCUUUGACCUAAUGAAGUAUUCAGGAACACACCCUGACCACGUAACCUUCAUUGGUGUUUUAUUUGCAUGCAGCCAUGCAGGUCUAGUGAACGAGGGCUGUAAUUACUUAAAUACUAUAAAUGAGUCUUAUUCCAUUAUACCUGACAUUGAUCAUUAUGUAUGCACGGUUGAUCUUCUUGGCCGUGCUGGUUAUCUUGAGGAAGCACUAAACUUUAUCAUCAAAAUGCCAAUUAAACCUGCAGUGGUUGUGUGGAUGUGCUUGCUUGGCUCUUGUAAAUCACAUAAAAAUUUAAGAUUAGGAGUAUUUGCAACAGCUCUCCUUUUGGAGCUGGAUCCUAAAAACGCUGUGCCUUAUGUUCUCCUGUCAGACAUCUAUACAAAAGUGGGCAGAUGGGGUGAUGUUCAGAAGAUACGGAGUUUGAUGAAAGAUAGAGAGAUUAAAAAGAUACCUGGGUGCAGUUGGAUUGAAGUUCAUAAAACGGUACAUGCUUUUUGUGUAAGAGACAAAUACACAGCUUCGAAUACAGGAGAUCUUUGCAGAAAUGGAGAAACUGUCCUGGGAGAUGAUUUUUUGGAAGCAGAGGCUGUACUAGCGAUGGCUGUUUCUCUUUCCUCUUCCUCUGUCUCCACCAUUACCAAUAUCAGCGUCAACAGGUAUACGAUUCCAACGAUUUCAACCAUACAAAACAAGGAUUUCAUCCGCACGCUCACUCUUAAUCCGCAUGAAGAGUGGGCUCGUCUCCUUCAAGCUUGCUCUCAAAGCAGAAAUUUGCUAUUGGGUAAACAGGUUCAUGCCCAUUUAAUUAAAUCAGAAUCCAAUUUGGGUACUUAUAUUUGGAACAAUCUCCUGAAUAUGUAUGCAAAAUGUGGGGAUUUGGAUGAUGCCUGCCAAGUGUUUGAAAAUUUGUCUGAAAGGGAUUUAGUGUCCUGGAAUUGUAUUAUUGCUGCUUGUGUUAAAAAUAGGCAUUAUGAGGACGCUUUAUAUUUCUAUGGGCAUAUGCAAGAGCUCGGUGUGAAACCCAAUCAGUAUACUUUGGGAAGUGUUCUCAAGGCAUGCGCUACUGUUGGGAACCUGGAUCAAGGAGUAGAGAUUCACAAUUAUAUUGCUCAAAGUGGAACUAAGUUGGAUGUGUUUGUUGGAAGCGCACUUAUUGAUUUGUAUGCCAAGUGCGGUAGUGUUGGUGACGCCAAAAUAGUCUUUGAGGGAAUGAUGGAGCGGAAUGCAGUCACAUGGAAUACAAUGAUCACCAUGUAUGAUCAGAAUGGACAUAGCGAGGAAGCCCUUGAAUUGCUUUCUACUAUGCGACGAGCUGGUUUGAAACCUGACAGGUUUACCUUUGCUAGCAUUCUCAGAUGUUGUGCCACUCUUGCCCUUCCAAAUCACAGUAAAAUAUUUCAUGCUGAUGUUAUCAAGAAUGGAUUUUUGUCUGAUGUCUUUGUGGGCAGUGCCCUUGUGGAUGCAUAUGCGAAAUCGCAGAACAUGGAGGAUGCGUGCCAAGUAUUUGGUACUCUGUCAAAUAGGAAUAUAGUUUCAUGGAAUGCUAUCAUUGCAGGAUAUAACCAAAUUGGACAGGGGUGGGAGGCGCUGAGAUUUUUUUGUCAAAUGAAAAAGGCUGGCGUGAAACUAGACCACUUCAGCUUUGCUAGCCUUUUAAGUGCUUGUGCUGCCAUGGGAGCUCUAAAAAUUGGGGAGGUAAUUCACUGUGAAAUCGUCAAAACUGGGUCUGAGUUGCAUGUCUUUGUUGGCAGUGCUCUUGUAGACAUGUAUGCAAAAUGUAAGAGCAUGGCAAGCGCACAGCGUCUGUUUGACAAAUUGCCUACGCGGAAUUUGGUAACAUGGAAUGCUAUGAUUAUAGGGCAUGCCCAUAAUGGACAUGGCGUAGAUGCCUUGAAACUAUUUUCUGAAAUGCUACAAAUCAAGGUUGAACAAGACCAUUUCACGUUCACCAGUGUGCUCAAAGCAUGCACUACCCUAACAACUCUAGAAGGUGGCAAGCAGAUUCAUGCAUUUAUCAUCAAAGCUGGACUUGAGGCAUGUGUAGUUGUGGGAACUGCCCUUGUUGACAUGUACGCCACAUGUGGGAGUUUGGCAGAUUCUUAUGAAGUCUUUGAUAGAAUGCCUGAACGAAAUGCAAUCUCAUGGACUGCAAUGAUUGGAGGGUAUGCUCAACAUGGCCACAGCAAGGAGGCCCUUGAACUCUUCGAGCAAAUGCAAGAGGAAGGCAUACAACCAAGCAAGGUCACGUUUAUUUGUAUUCUCUCUGCAUGCAGCAACAUGGGGCUAGUGGAUGAAGGUCGCAUUCAUUUUGAUUCCAUGGCCCAACUUUAUGGCAUCAUGCCUGAGAUGGAGCAUUAUGCCUGCAUGGUUGCUAUGCUUGGUCGUUCUGGCCAACUUGAUGCAGCUCUCAACUUUAUUGCAGAUAUGCCUUUUACCCCUGGUACUUCAGUUUGGCAAUCCAUGCUUGGUGCCUGCAGAAUCCAUGGGAAUUUGCAGCUAGGAGAACAAAUUGCAAAACGUAUUCUUGAGAUGAAUCCAGAACAUUCUUCAACAUAUGUCCUCCUUUCCAACAUGUAUGCUGCAAAUGGCAGGUGGAAUGAUGUUGAAAAGGUAAGGAACAUGAUGAGAAAUAGAGGGGUGGUGAAGGUUCCAGGUUGCAGUUGGAUUGAGGUAAAAAACAGGAUAUAUACAUUCUUUGUGAAAGAUACAUCUCAUCCACAUACAAAAGAGAUUUAUGCAAAGUUGGAGGAAUUGACUUUGUUUCUGAAAAGUGCAGGUUAUGUACCCGACACAAAUUUUGUGUUGCAUGAUGUGGAAGAGGAGCAAAAGCAAACCUUUCUGUCCUAUCACAGUGAAAAACUUGCAGUUGCUUUUGGGCUUAUCAACACCACACCAGGUUCACCUAUUCGAGUUGUGAAAAAUCUUCGUGUGUGUGGCGAUUGCCAUACUGUGAUGAAGUUUAUUUCAAAGCUUAUGGACCGAGAGAUUUUCAUGAGAGAUAACAAUCGCUUCCAUCAUUUUAAGAGUGGAAUGUGUUCUUGUGGUGAUUAUUGGUGAUGCCAAGCAGUGCAUUUAAUAAGAUUUUGAGCUGUCUGAAUUAUGCUGCUAGUCGAGAGAUUUUGAAAAGAUGCAUCGUGAGAGAGGAUUUUAUUUGGACAUUCUAGCAAUUUUAAAUAUGAGGACUGGAUAAGGAAACUUUCAUGUCCAAUCAUUAAAUUUUACUUCCCUAGACAGGGUCACUAUGGCUUUCUCAUUCUGCUUUGAUUAGAAUAAUCAUAUGCUUACAUCAAUGGGACGAUAAGUAGAACUUUAAGAAAGCAUCUCGGGAGUGUUACUGCAGUCAUAUUUUUCAAUAGGUGGAAUUCUGUUUUGCUGUACAAUCCUUCACAAGAUCAACUUUUCUUUGGUUCAGACAGCUAAUAUAUCUCUCCAACAAACAUGCUUUGGCUUUAUAGUGGAGUGGCUAUAGCUAGUUAAUACGGUGGAGAAUUCUACGACUGCAAACAAUGCAUAUCUACCUUCUUCGGUAAACAUGAUAUUUAAUGAUCACUUGUAAGGACUUUAAUCAUGCUUAUCAAUCAAUUAGCUCAAGAAACAACAAAAGUUCUAUGCUGUAUCCUUCAACAAUUGAUUGACAGCCUUCCUUUAAAACGUGGCCUUUCUAUCCCACUUCAACAAGAAUGAAUUUCAGUAGGACUCAUUCAAGCACAUGCACAAACAUCUGUUUUACUUUUCUUGUCCAUCUCCCACGACCAAUCAGAAUACUGUUUCAAGGAAUGCUAUCAUUGCAGGAUGCAACCAAAUUGGAUGGGUGGAACUCUUGGAAGUGCUGAGGUUUUUUGUCAAAUUAAAAAGGUUGGCUUGAAGCCAGAUCAGUUCAGAUGGUAGCCUUUUAAGUGCAUGUUCUGCCAUGGGAACUCUACAAAAUGGGGAGGUGAUCCACUCUGAAAUCGUCAAAACAUAGUCUGAGUUGCAUGUCUUUGUUGGUAGUGCUCUUGUGGACAUGAAUGCAAAUUGCAGGAGCAUGGCAAGUGCAUAGCUUCUCUUUGACAAAUUGCUUACCCAGAAUUCAGUAACAUAGAUGCUAUUAUUAUAGGGUAUGCCCAUAAUAGACAUGGGGCAGAUGGCUUGAACCUAUUUUUUGAAAUGCUGGACUAUUUCACAUUAACCAUUGUGCUAAAAGCAUGCACUGCCUUAACAUUUCUGGAAAGUGGCGGGUGGAUUCAUGUACGUAUUAUCAAAGCUGGACUUGAGACAUAUAGUUGUGGCCCUGUGGGAACUUCCCUUGUUGACAUGCACGCCACAUGUGGGAGUGGCAGAUUCUUAUUAAGUCUUUUGAUAGAAUGCCCGAAUGAAAUGAAAUCUCUUGGACUGCAAUGUUUGGAACUUUGGAGCAUAUGCUCAACAUGGCCACAGCAAGGAGGCUCUGGAACUCUCUGAGCAAAUGCAAGAGGAAGGAAUGCAACCAAACAAGGUUGCCUCUAUUUGUAUUCUCUCUAUGUGCAGCAAUAUAGCCCUAGUGGAUGAAGACUGCAUUUAUUUUGAUUCCAGGACCCAAUUUUAUGGCAUCAUGCCCCAGACGGAGCAUCCUUACUGCAUGGUUGAUAUCCUUGGUUGUUCUGGCCAACUGAAUGCAGCUCUCAAAUUUAUUGCAGAUAUGCUUUCCCACCCUCGAACUUCAGUUUGGCAGUCUAUGUUUAGCGCCUGCAGAAUCCAUGGGACUAUACAGCAAGGAGAAAAGUCAAAAACUGUAUUCUUGAGAUGGAUCCACAGCAUUCUUCAACAUAUAUACUCCUUUCCAAUAUGUGUGCUGCAAAUGGCAGGUGGAAUGAUGUUGAAAAGCUAAGGAACGUGAUGAGAAAAAGGGGGACGGUUAAGGUUCCAGAUUGCAGUUGGAUUAGUGUUAAAAACAGGAUAUACACAUUCUUUGUGAAAGAAAGAUACCACCCGCAUACAAAAGAUAUUUAUGCAAAUUUGGAGGAAUUGACGUUGUUUAUGGAAAGUGCAGGCUAUGUACCUGACAGAUUUUGUCUCAUGAUGUGGAAGAACAGCAAAAGAAAACCUUCUGUCUCAUUAUAGUGAAAAACUUGCUGUUGCUUUUGGGGUUAUUGACACCUCACCAGGUUCACCUAUUUGAGUUGUUAAAAAUCUGCAUGUGUGCACUGUGUGGUGAUUGCCAUACUGCAAUGAAAUUUAUUUCAAAGAUUGUAGAGCUGGAGGAUUUCACGAGGAAUAAUAAUUGGUUGUACCAUCUUAAAAGCGGAAUGUGUUCUUGAGGUGAUUAUUGGUGAUGCCAAGCAAUGUAUUUAUGGUAAAAUAGUUAGUACAUUCAUUAAGGUUGAGUGCAUAUUGAAUGGUAGGGAAUAUUAUUUGGAUAUUGUGGUGAUUUAAAAUGGAGACUGGAUUUCAUGUCCAACCAUUAAAUUUUACUUAACUAGACAGGGCCAUUAAUGU